GCUACAUUUCAACUUCAACGGGCAAAGAAGAUGACAUUAUAACUUUCGGUUUGUUUAUUAAUUACUGUUUGGUAGUGGAAUAUUGUAGCAGGAACGAAAAUUCUUUUUUUCCCUAAGUACUACUUUUAUUUCAGUUAAAUUUUGGUGUAGAUUUGAAGUGAGUUUAUGGUAUCACACAUAUUUUGUGAGACCUUCAAAGAAUUCGAAUUUAAAGAAAAAAAAAAGAAUUCGAAAUGAGCAAAUAUAUUUGUACAGUUUUGCACUGAUUAAUGAUUAUCUGAAUGCAGUGAUUUUUAAACAUUACUAUCAGUAAACAGCGAGAAAUAUUUGCUGCUGGCGUUAAUAGUGAAUUGAGCACAUAUAUUACUAUUCAGUGUGUGUAGAUUUGGCAUGCAGGAUAAACGCGCUGUUUGGAGUGGAAUGACUGCAGACUCCGUUUAAAUGCAGAAGGUCUCCUUUGUGAUUUAGGAGGCUUUGUAACCUGAAUUAGUUGAUGAAUUUUCUAUCGAUCUUAAACAAGCCCAGAUUCAUCUCUGACACGCUGCUCACGCCACGACCAUUCUCUCACCGUUAUUAGCGAGUGCAUUUAAGAGCUUGGCCAAGGCGAGCUUCUUGCAUCACUUUCCCCUGGUACCGCUUUUCAUGAACACUGGCCAAAAUUAAGCAGUGUUUCUGUUCGCCAAAUCUGAGCAGUUCUUUACAGAGGUGUAGUCAUGCUCUCAAUGUGCAGAUGAACUGAGAGGGACUGGGGGCGUGACUUUCUGUGCGGCUGGUAGAAUCCAGCAUGCCUUUUCGUCGUGUCUGCUUUCGCUUGUUAUUGUUUUGAUUUACUCACAUCUCAUCAAGCGCGUAGCAACGUAUGAGAAAGUAUGGAAUUUUGGACUAUGCCGAAAUGCGAGUUGAUGCGCGCGGUCUAAACUGACUAAUCCCAUUUCCUUAUCCGGGAAUCGCGAAGAUCCACGCCAUUGGCUGACGAUGUCACAUGGACCCUUAACUUUGUUCACUUGACAGAAAGUAGGAGGGUUCUACGAAACAGGAAAACGAGUAAAGGGAUACAUAUAAAUUUUAGUAUAUUUUGUGUGCAAUUCAAAGAAAUUAAUGGCCAUGAGUUCCUAUUUGAUCAACUCCAACUAUGUGGACCCUAAGUUUCCACCCUGCGAGGAAUAUUCCCAGAGCGACUACCUUCCCAGUCACUCUCCGGACUACUACAGCGCCCAGAGGCAAGACCCCUCGUUUCAGCAUGAGUCGAUCUACCACCAGCGGUCGGGCUGCGCCGACCCACCCUAUUCAUCGUGCCAGGGUUCGGGGCAGCCUGCCGCGGUCAUCUCUCCGCGAGGUCACGUUCUACCCACAACCGCACUCUCGACCCCUCUCCCAGAACCGAGCCAUCACUGCGACUCGGUAACUCCGAGCCCUCCGCCUGCCUGCGGUCAGACUCCCACUAGCCAAAACACUUCAACGGUCACUUCAAGAAAAGAUCCCGUGGUAUACCCCUGGAUGAAAAAAGUCCACGUAAACAUCGUGAGCCCGAACUAUUCAGGGGGUGAACCCAAGCGCUCACGCACAGCCUACACGCGGCAGCAAGUCCUGGAAUUGGAGAAAGAGUUCCAUUACAACCGCUAUCUGACUCGCAGACGGAGGGUGGAGAUUGCCCAUACACUAUGCCUAUCUGAACGACAGAUUAAGAUUUGGUUUCAGAACCGGCGCAUGAAGUGGAAGAAGGACCAUAAGCUUCCCAACACCAAAAUACGCAGCAGCUCUGCCAACACUAAUUCAAGCAGCGGCCCGACAUUGGGCAGCAAUCAGAACCGAGCAAGCGGACCUCCGCCAAGUCUAUAGCCCUCCACUGUUGCCCAAAACACGUACAAUUAUAAAAUCUAAUUUUCUGGAGUGUAGAACGUGGAUUUUACCCGCGUUAUGUCUCCCUACUCUACCCUGCACUCUAAUUACAGGGACAAAACACGAGGAAGAUGUGGGGGAAAGGAGCAAAGAAAAUGUUCAUCUUUUUAACACUAAAAAUGGGUGAAGACUCGAACUCAAAUGCUACUAUAGAUGGGUUGCGUUCCCAGUCUGGUUCCCAUUUUUAUCCCGCACGCCUCUCCUGCUCACUCGCCCCUUCAAUAAGCACAGAAGGCGGCAGAUAGUUUUCAGAUUUGGUGAAGAUGGAUCCGUGUUUCAUCUUUAAUCACGCCAAACUCGGCCCCAUUUGUCAUGUUUACUCUGUGGUACAAAGGAUGAACCGUAGGCCUGCCCAUUACCUCGACGUCUAGCGUUGUGCUUAAUAAAUGAGUCGCUCUGUUUUGUCAAGAAGCCUUUUCUAACUCCCUUUAUUCCCCUGGCUUAAAAUAACUAGCCGAGUGUUUUUCAACUGAUAUGAAGUUUUGUAUUUUGUAGCAAUUAGGAUAUUUUGCAUUUGCUAUUUGCAUUUCGAAUGCAAUGCCAAUGGGACUGAGGGUUUAUUGUGCGUGUGGUCCAUUUAUCGCUCAUUAAAAAUACAGGGACUUGUUUUACUCGCCUGUUUAGCGCAUUUCAGUUUAAGAACAGCAAAUUACAAUUAGUUGCUAUUCAUAUUAAAUAUAAUAUAAAAGUUCAAUGAAGCUGGACGGCUAGAUAUGCAUAACCAAAACCGGUACAACGCAAAGCAUUUUAAUGAGAGCACUGCUAAGUACUAUUUGAAUUACCUCAAUUGUAUUUUUUUGUUCUAGUUUUAUGAAGUGAUACGUUUAAGUUCUUUGGACUUAACGGCAAAUAUCUGCAAUAGCUUAUCUCAGCAUUUUGUUUGUAAGUUGAAAUGAAAUUUAAGUUAAGUGUGGCCAGGGUUGUAUAGAGAAAGGUGCGUAUAUUGCAUGAGUAAAUACACUAUAUUUUGUUUAUUCUUUAUUAUGUCACUACCACCCUCGUUUUGUUUUAUGGUACAUAGACAUGUGCACAUACCACAUUUCUCUUUCUUUCUUUCUUUCUUUCUUUCUUUCUUUCUUUCUUUCUUUCGUCAACUUUAAUUUUACAUUAUUAUUAUUAUUAUUAUUACAUUCCAAAGAUCAGUUUUCUCGCUGAUGAAUUGUAAAUUUCCCCUCUUACAUGUUUGUAUUUUGUCUUCUUUCUGCUUGUACCUUUCACUGUUUACCUUUGUUACAUGUAAAUAGCUCUAGAAAUUUAAUAAAUGGCGGAAAAGUAUAAUCUUUCUUCAUGUGUCAUGUCUUCUUGUGGAUUUUAAAGCUAGAUAUGCUUAUUUUAAAUACACAUUUCUUAUAUAGGAGGAUACCAUCGUUCUCUGUGUUCUGCUAAAAACAAUUUAAUUUCAUUUGGCUUGCCACUGCGCAUUUUCGUUAGCCUUGUAGCACUCGCCUGUCUUGAAGAUCACUGCAUAUCUCUCUAGUGAUUUAUAUCGCUGCAUUGCGAGUAAUCCUGGUACAUUACGCCUUGUAAUCUUAUUCUAAAUCACAAAACCCUUCCUUUCUGUCUCGUCUCUCCUUAAUUUAACGGUGCACAAACCCUCUGCUCAACGAUGCCGUGAAUGCGCCUAAAAAUAUGGAUCCAUGUUAGAAAAAAAAAGCAGAAGUUAAAUAGUUUCUCGGCUCGUGGGCUUUUAAUGCUUUAAUGAGUGUAAUUCUUGCACAACAGUUUCGCGACUGUUUGCCAGCGCAAGCUGUGUGUUUUUUAUAUUACAAAGGAGCGGGUCGGUGCCAUAGCUCAAACCCUGACAACCAAAUAGAUAAUCAAGAAGACAAAUGGCUUCUUUUGGAAGGCGCAGCCCUUGUAUUAAUUUUCAUUUUCUUUUCUCAGAGCAGGUAUUGAAAAUAUAGAGCCGGAGAAAAUAACAUUCCGUUUGCUGGCGUUGAACUUUACACAAAAGUAUGGCCUUAAAUUGGUCUUCUAGCAUUCCGUGGCACCGAGAAGAUUUUCUAUUACUUGCUUGUUGAUAUCAGAAAGGCAUUUUCGCCACACAGCCCGCUAAAGCCAUUUGUCUGUUUUCUCCCUUUUAUUUAUGAAAUGCUGUCUGGACAUAACGUCAAACACUUCAAAAAGCAAAAAAAAAAA